AUGUCUCAUAAGGUUUCAUUACGUCAUCAAACGACGUUACAACACUUCUGUGCUGGUACUCUCAUACAUCCACAAUGGGUAUUGACAGCAGCACAUUGCUUCACGUAUACUAAAGAUCCCAAAGAACUGCUGUUACAAUAUGGUUCAAAUGCCUUACGUCCAAGUAAAAGGAAAUUGGUCAAUGUCAGUGAAGUCUUACGCCAUGAAGGAUACAGUCAAACUAUAGCCAUUCACGAUAUAGCACUUUUAAGGCUUGAAAAAGAAAUUAUGCUAGAUAAAGCAGACCUGGCGUUGCUUGCUGUAGAUGAAUAUUGUCGAGAAAUUCCUGCCAGCAAAGAGUCACCAUUACUCGUUGGUUGGGGCUUAAAUGCGACAGAGGGAAAAUUACAGCAACAACUGCACAAAGUGGAGCUAAAUUUAAUUAACCGCACGAAAUGCCGCCAACGAACACAAUCCACGAUUUAUGGCACUAACUUGUGCGCAGGUGUAACCGAUGGCACUGUAAAGGGACAAUGCAACGGUGAUUCCGGUGGUCCUCUACUCUUAAACAGAAAACAAAUUGGCAUUGUUUCGUGGAGUUUAAAACCAUGCGGCUCUUAUCCGGGCAUAUUUACAAAUGUUGGCUGUUAUGAGAAAUAUUUACACUGCUUGACAACCGAUUAA